UGCAGCCGCUGGAAGCCUCUGAGAGCUCAGCCUCCAAGAAGCCUCUGCCCUCCCCGGGGAUCCGGGCCACCUGCCACCACCAUGAGGGUCCUCUACCUGCUGCUGCUGACUCUCGGCCUCCUCUUUUCACAGCUGGCCACAGGUGUUAACCUGCUUACGGGUUUCGGCCAGAGGUCCGACCACUACAUAUGUGUCAAGAAAGGGGGGACCUGCAACUUCUCCUCCUGCCCGCUCUUCCAAAAGAUUGAAGGCACCUGUUACGGCAAAAAAGCCAAGUGCUGCAUCCGUUGACUUUGGGCUGGAGCAUGGGCAGAGGGGACCCAGAAGCCAAGUGAAGUACUUGUAACUGUUGUUUGAAUAAAAGAAGGUUUUUUCGAGGCGUACGUCCUUCAGACCAA